UGUUGCUUGGAUAUUAGCUUGUCAACAAACUGAAUUUCUACCACCACCGCAUGAAUGAAGAGCCCUGUAAGAAAACGACACUGGAUACGAAAGCCAGCUUUUUAAUAGGAGAGAAGUGCAAUACGGGUGGUUCACAUAGCUACCAAGAGCAAAGAAGAAAGCCCAGGGGAAAACAUGCCAGGUUUCUUCUUGGAUAAAGAAUGGGAGAAAACUGGAAAAGACCACAAGGGCUUCGGAAUGUUCCACAGAUUCCUUGCAUUCGGGUUCCUCCCUCUGCCUCCGCCUCUCCAUUGCUGAAGGAUCUAACCCAAGGGCAACAGCGCUACUUUUACAGCAUCAUGAGGAUUUACAACCCCAGGCCCCAGUGGGAGGCCCUGCAGACCCGCCAUAUUCAGCGCCUUUGGCACCAGCAGCUACUGGGUUAUAUUACUCAACAGGAAGCCCUGUCUUACUCUGCUGUACUUAGAGAUUCAAUCAAGAGAGCCUCAACCAAGGUAGCUCCUCAAAGAACCAUUCCUCGGAAAUCUUCAUCCAUGACAAGAAAAUGUCCUCCAGCGUUGCCUUUUUCUGUGGUCCUACCAAAGGCCCAAAGAGCAGGGUGCCGAGCCCUCAGGAAGUGAGACUUGGCCACAUUUUCUGGGGCAUGCUGCAUCAUGUAUCCUGGCAUCUAGCAUCCCUGUAUCCUUGGCAUCUCAUGGAUGCUUAGAGCAUAUUUGUUGAAUGAUAGUGAAUAAAAAAAAAUUUCUAAUACACUCCUCAGACCUAGAUGUAAUCUCUUAUUCACAUAAGUUUUACCAGAGAGAGCACAUUGAGAGGUUUUGGAACAAUGGAGUAGGGAAUAGCAAGCCUUUUCACAUACAAUCUGUAGAGCAAAAUAACAUUUAAGCCUUUCAAAGUAAAAGCUUCCUUUGCAUGAAAACCUCCUAGAAAAUUCCAAAAAUAGUGACGGGGACAUAUGACCAUUCCAUGCAAGCCACCCCAUCUGUACAUAUUGAAAAUAUAGAACCUUACACAGAGCUAACACAGAUAACAGGGCUCCAGAGCCGUGUCAUCUCAGUAACACUGGUCAGUGCCUUCUUUUCCCCAUCCAGGAGUGACAUUCUUAGCCCCAAAACUUCUGGUUCUCACCUGACUCAGUCACUUUUGUGUCAUCUUGAAACUUGAAUUUUAUUGUUCUGCCACAGCUGGAUUUAUUUUAUGCAGCUGUAAUUGGCCUUAACAUGGGUAAGAGAAUUCAUGAACAUACCUUUCCCUGGCAGCUAAAGACACACUCUUAAUAGAAGAUGAAAUAACCCAAAGAAUUUAUCUUGAGUCUUAUUUUUCUGUGGCUUUAAGGUUUUAAGAAAAGCAUACAAAACUAUAUGAAUAAGCAAAAAAUAAGAUCAUAGAUCAUUGUGUAAACAGUGUAGUAUCAUAUUAGUUAUAUUUAAUAGCUAUUUUCAUCACCAGUGAUUUAUCUAUGUAUGUUAAAAAUGAAUUGCAGUGUUCGUGUAAAGUCAAAAUUCCUCUUCCUCAUCUUUUCUUAAAAAUGCUUUCCCCCAAUCAGUGUAACCUGGCUUAUUGUACCCUCAGUGAAUCCCCAACAAUAAAAAA